CACUACGGGUAACAGUGAUUUAUAAAACUUUGUUUUAGUUACGUUUGUACGUGUAUGUUUGUGUAAAAGGUCAUGACAAAGAAUGUACAUCUUAUGUGGGUUGCAGUCAGAAAAGGAGACUCAAAAGACCACAUCGUCUCCCCAAACAUCUGGAGAGAACACAAAAAAGUUUGUACUGUCUGUCCCUCUCCCCCGUCCUCUACAUUCCUCAGCCAGCACUCAGAUUCUCAGUUCUCUCCGUCCUCCCUAUGCACAAAUAAGCUUUGGUUUUCAGCACCGCAUCCUGCCUCCUGUUCCUGGCUUAUCGAUUUCUUCCUCUUUCUCACGUGCUCUAGCAAAUAGACUUUGGUUUACUAAACUACUAACUGACUAUCUGGCCUCAGGAAAGUCACUUCAACUGCCUAAUCCUCAGUUUCCUUAUUUGAAAAAUGAUGGUAAUAAAAUUUCUCUCUUAGGAUUGCUUGUGAUGAUGAAAUGAAAUAACCUCUGGAAAGCAUCUGGAACAAGAUAAGGACUGAAAAAAAUACUUUCCUUUCCAUCUGUUGUAGCCCCAGCAUACACACACACACACACACACACACACACACACACACACACACACACAAUUUAAGGAGACCCUCUUAAGAAGCACUGUCAUCAGUGACAACCUCAAAGCAUUCUGUAGCAGGGAACUUCUGGGAACAUACCAGUUUUUGUCCAUCUAAUAUGGUUUGUACUAGUUUCAAUCUUGGAGGGUAAUAUUUUAGCCUGGUUCCCAGAUUCUCUGAGUCCUACUGCUGACACUAUCCCCACCUCCACCUUCUUGCCUGCAGGCUGUUAAGAAUCCUGAGAUACAACGUUGGGCUGCUUAGGGACACUGGUCUCAAAGAGGUCCAGGCACUGGUAGAAGGUCACUGAGCUGUUUACAGAGGGGCCAGCCCCCAAUUCCAGGGCUAUGGGCUCCAAGCCCAGUCUUCUCUCCAACAAGGAGCAUGAAGACCCCGGGGACACAGGGCCCUGCGUUCGCAUCCUUAGCAGAGAGGUUGGUAUCAGUGGCUUACUGCAGCAACUUAAACACUGAUUAGUUCUCAAGGAGAAAACCUGUUCAUCGUUAAUGAUCUUAAGUGGUCAACGGAUCCUCCUUCCGUGUUUCCUUCCAAAUCGCCCUUGGGGACUGGGCCCAAGCAAGGCUAUGAGAUGCCAGUAAAGUUGUCUUUCUGAGGCUUUGCAGGGGAAAGCGAUAGUUUGGGAGACCCUCCGCAGGAACCCCCGGGUUGCCAGGGGCUCACGGUGCACCGCACCCCUUGGAGGAGAGAUCGAGGCGAUGUCCCCAGGCCUUGCGCAGCGCCCCUCGCCCCCCAGCCUCGGCUCAUCACCCAGCGGACCGGCGGGCGGGGCCCAUUCCUUCCUAGCACCUGGGCCCCUGCUUCAGGCGGCUGCGGCUGCUCGAGCCCGGGGCAGGGCUUUUAUUGUGAAAGGAGCUCCCCCCUCCCGCGCUUUCGGGGAAGUGGGGAGGCUGGGCCGGGACUCGACGCCAGGACUUUGCAAACUCUGCAAACGUCCCUAGCUGAUUGAGGAGGCUCGAGGCUGCGGGAAGGCUACCGCAGAACGACAGAUCCCGCGUGUGCAUUCUCCUAGACCUCCUCUAACGAAGCCUAACCUCAGAGCAUCCCGCCACGCAUCGCCUGCCCCGGAAUUGGCCGCUAGAAAGCUGUGGCCCCUCGGUCCGGAUCCCGCAUCCCGGGAAGCCCGGAGAGCCACGGUGCCGGGGGCGGGCCGGGGCGGCGGGAUGAGCUGGCGAGCAGGCUGAGCGCGCCGAGGAGCCGGUCCAGCCACCGAGGGGGACAUGGCAUCUUGGCUCUGGAGAAAGCUGCGUGGCAAGAGGCGGUUGGUGACGGCAUUCUGCCUCUUAAUGGCUCUGUCUGUGGUGGCUGUCACCCGCUUUCCUCCACAGCACCCAGCCGCCAGCCCAGACCCUGGUCCCGUGGAGCCCCAGCAGGUAACUGGUGCCCCUGUCCCCCAGAGCAGGCAGGCUCUGAGCUCCGGCUGGAGGCGGCGGGCAAGAAACCUGAGGUUCCGGAGAGGCUGGGCCUUGCCUGGGAGCUCCAUCCUGGUGUGUGCUGAGGAGCAAGGCCACGGAGGGAGCGUGGACAGCAGCAGGCAGUCCCCAGGCAUGGACAGCAGGCGUCCAGGGAGGGUCAAGAGGGGCAUUACUUUGGCACCUCCAGGAGAUCUGAGACUCAGUACCCGGCAUCUGGUGCUCCUGAGGGCAGAUGAGGUCAGGGGUCCAGGAACCAAAGACCUGGACCUCCCCUGGCACAGUGGUCCCCUCUGGGAGGCACAGAGCAAGACGGGCACCCCAGAUGGCCCCCUCGCAGGGCACAACAUGGCAGCAUUACAGACUUGGAGAGCUACUGCUGGACCGACCCUCCGGCCUCAUCCAGCAGAAGGCGGGGAUCUGCCAGGACUGAGGAACAGAGCCUUGACUGGUGGACGACAAGCAGGGGGUCCCUCCCCGGCCACGGGGGCUCGUCAGUGGCCUGGCUCUGUUGGGGAGCUGCAAGGAUCUGUGUGGUGUGACGCUGAGACCCCCAGGCUGUCGAGUGGCUUGAGGACCAGCGAACAGGUGCCCCCGUGGCUCACAGAGCAGGAUGUACAGACCCUCCAGCUGCUGGCGCAGGGGCAGGUGGUGGGCAAAGCCAGGGUCCCUGGCCACGGGCAGGUGCUGCAGGUUGGCUUCUCCGCCAAGGGUGCCCUUCAGGACCUGUCUCCGGGGCUCAGCCACCUCUGCUCCCAGGGGCUCUGUGGCCUGAUCAAGAGGCCUGGGGACCUGUCUGAGGUCCUGUCCUUCCACGUGGACCGCGUGCUGGGGCUGCGCCGGAGCCUACCUGCCGUGGCCAGGCGCUUCCACAGCCCCCUGCUGCCCUACCGCUACACGGACGGUGGCGCAAGGCCCGUCAUCUGGUGGGCACCCGACGUGCAGCACCUGGGUGAUCCAGAUGACGACCAGAACUCGCUGGCCUUGGGCUGGCUGCAGUACCAGGCCCUGCUGGCACGUGACUGCAGCCAGCCGGGCCAGGCCGCAUGCCUGGGCAUCCACCGCACUGAGUGGGCACGCCUGGCACUCUUCGACUUCCUGCUGCAGGUCCAUGACCGCCUGGAUCGCUAUUGCUGCGGCUUCGAGCCCGAGCCCUCGGACCCCUGUGUGGAAGAGAGGCUCCGAGAGAAAUGCCGGAACCCGGGGGAGCUGCGGCUGGUCCACAUCUUGGUCCGGAGCAGUGAUCUCUCUCAUCUGGUCUACAUCGAUAACGCCGGCAACCUUCAGCACCCGGAGCACAAGCUGAAUUUCCGGCUGCUGGAGGGCAUCGACGGGUUUCCUGAGUCUGUCGUGAAGGUUCUCGCAUCAGGGUGCCUACAGAAUAUGCUGCUCAAGUCGCUGCAGACAGACCCGGUGUUCUGGGAAAGCCAAGGCGGGCAGCAGGGCCUACGGCGAGUCCUCCAGACCCUGGAGCGGCGAGGACAGGUCCUGCUGAGCCACAUCCAGACGCACAACCUGACACUCUUCAGGGACGAGGGCCCGUAAGCCCCCCACGGUCUGGGCGGGACUCUCACCUCACUGCAGGGGGAAGAAGCGGGGGCAUCUCACGACAUGACCUGAGUGGAUAAGUGCCCAUCCUCACGGCCACAUUUUCUUGGGUUUACCCGCCUUGAAGACAAAAGGGAAAAGCCAGAAAUCAGGAGGGCACCAUGGAUUCCACAGGAUGUGUCAUCUGGUUGGGAUGGUGGAGGAGGUGGCUCCGGACGCGCAGGCUAAGCGGCCAUGGCUUCACGGGCCCAGCCACUUCGCGGCAUGUGGGAUCUUCCUAGACCGGGGCAUGAACCCGUGUGCCCUGCAUCGGCAGGCAGACUCUCAACCACUGCGUCACCAGGGAAGCCCUCUGUUUUAUAAAUAAGUUCAUUUGUAUCAUUUUUUUAAGAUUCCACAUAUAAGUAUUAGCAUAUAAUAUUUGUCUUUCUCUGUCUGACUUACUUCACGUAGUAUGAUCAUCUCUAGGUCCAUCUGUGUUAUUGCAAAUGGCAUCAUCUCAUUCUUUUUUAUGGCUAGAACUCUCUCUUUCUGUUUGAGUUCUCUCCAGUACUCCGCCCUUUGAACUCUGGCUGCUCUGGCUCCCCAAGACUUCCAGCUCUUUUUCUCAACUCAGGACUCUGCCUGGUUUCCUUUUCUUUUGGCCUAGAAACUCUCCAUGCAGUAAGCUGGGGAAAUUAUAAACUCUACCUCAUUUGUUUAUUCUCUCUCAGGGAUCACUGUGCAUCAUCAAGCAUGCUCGAUGUCUUAAAAACCAUCGUUUCAUAUGCUUUGUUCAAUUUUAUAACUAUUUCAGGCUAGAGGAUAAAUCCAGUCCCUGUUACUCUAUUUGGGCUGGAGCAGAAAUCCUGCCAUCAACUCUUGACUUCAUGACUUCUUCCACUCUUUCCUACUCUGACCCAUUCUCUGCCCAGCAACUAUCUUUUCUCUUUUAAAAAUCUAAUUACAUCGCUUCCUAGCUUAACAAUCUUCAAUGGCUUCCACUGCUCUAGAACAGAGACCAAAACCUCGAGCACAGCUCACACAGCACUGCACAGUACGUUUCAUGCUCACCUUUUCAGCCUUAUUUAGCCCCACAUCUUCCUCUAGCUCUUUGACCUCUAGCCUCACUACUGUGGUCCCUGGUGCCUCAGGGUCUUUGCACAUGCUAUUUCUUCUGCCUGAGAUGCUCUUCCCAUCUCUCUCUCACCUCUAGUUAGAUAACUCUCACAUCUUCCUCAAAGAAGCCCUCCAUGAUUUCUCAAGCCAGAGUAUGUUUUCCUGCCAUCCUUUCCCUGAACUCACAGUUCUUUUAUUCUGCCUCACUUUUUCACUGAUUUUAUUAUAUACUUGCAUGCUUAUUUAAUCAACAUGAGACUUCUUUGCUAGAUUUUAAGCUCCAGGACAUUGCAGAUAGUGUCCGUGUUGUUCUUCAUUGCAGCUACAGGAUCUGGCACAGGGCUUCACACAGAGUGAUGAGUUAGUGAAUAAAGGAGGGAAAGUACAGCAGAUGCUGUCAUUGCCAACCCACAUCCCCUCAACCUUCCCCACUCCCUUGUAUAAUGAUGGUUUCUUGAGGAACACCCCUGGGAUUCUCCAUCUGAGGGCUUUCUCCAUGAGUGCAGGGAAGGAAGUUCUGAGACUCCUAGAAACAGCUUGUGCAAAAUGGAUAGGAGGUGAAGGAUAAAAGCCUUCAUUCCUACCCCACUCAGGGAAGAUGACAGUGAGGUGGGGUCUGUGCAGUCUCCAGAGCUCCCCAGUGGGACUGAGACACUGAUUCCCACAGUGGUGGUAUUAAUUCCCCCUAUAUUAGCUUCCUUCCCUUCCUGUAUCACUUCUCCAGCCCUUGGCUGGAGCUUCCUGGUACCGCCUCUCAAACUACUUUCUCUCAAAUUCUUGUUUUGGGGGAACCCAACUUAAGAGAAUGAUACAACAAAUGAAAGUCAUAGAGGAGUGAGAGACUCCUGUAGGUGCGGAUGAUCCAGAUGGUAUAUGCAGCAUCUGGUGUGUUCGCUGGGUUUUGGAAGUCUGGCAUCGGAGGAGGAACAGGGGGCGAGCUCUACGUGCAAACUCCAAGGGCAGGUGUGGGAAGUGAGCAGGCUGUAUCGGAUUUCCUUCUCUGCCCCAGGAAUGGAAUGACUUUUCUGUUCCAACAAGCUAUCUUCGUUUUGUUUUAAGCAUUCUCCUCUCUCAUCCUCAGGAAUCUCAUCUUCAUCUCCUCUCUCCUUUCUCUUCUGAACUGAUGAAUCUUCAUAUGCCAGUGAGAUCAUUUGCUCUUUAGGCCACACUGCUGACAUCAGCCCUAUUACUACUGCUUUUACAAAAUGUCUGUUUCACAAGCCGGGAUUAAGUUCUUGACAGAGGAACGAAAUAUGGGACAGAGCGCGUUCAGAGCCUGGUCUUCAUCCCCCGAAACUCAGGCCAAGGGCUGGCGAUUUCUCCUGUGACGGCAAUCUAACGAGAGCAGGACAAACAGAGGGUUUCUUUUUCCUCCAGAAUGAUUUAGAAUGUCUUGCAGAUGAUUGCCCCCUUCUAGCCUGGCUAUGAAUCAGGUAGAUUCAAUCAGACUAGAAGAGUUUUUCCCAAAUUAAAGGAAGCAAAGCCAGCAAGCCUUCAACCUUGUCUUUGAUGAAUGUAAGACAACUCUAAGACAUUUGGCUCAAAUGCCUUCUCUGAGGUUAUGCAGUCUGAAAAUACACAUUGAAGAUCCCCCCCCAAACACUGAUAAAUACCCGCAAAUGAUAUAUUGCCCAGAGUGUUUGCUGAAUGAAGGAAAUUGUUGAAGGAUGGUGUUCCCCAUGUAGAAUUAGAGACCCAGAGCUCCUCUUAACUUCAGUGGGAGACUCCCAGCAGCGAGCAGUGGUGUUGCACGUCGCGUCUGCGUGAAAGUCAACUUGCCUAUAGCUGGGCCUCCACAAACCAACUGCCGCCCUCAUCAGCAGACAUUCUCUUGCUAGAAUUUGUGUGUGGUGCACAGUGGAUUGUUUAGGUAGUUUGAAAAAAAAAAUAGAGUCUCCUUGGGCGACUAAGCAACUGAGCUCAUCUGGGGCACCAUCCCAGGCAGAGACGUUAUCCAUCUUGCUGUCUCUCUGAGGUUUCACCUGGAUAUAGUGCAUUCUCUAGUCAUGCUGCCUCUGGACAGUCAACCAAACAAUGGUGAAGGCUGAUGGAGAUACACAGAAGAAACUAAGUCAGGGACUACCGACAACUCUGGAGUCUUGUGAAGGGCUGGCUCAUUCAGAGGUUUCAAUAGGUAGAGUCGAUGGUAGGUGAAGUUGGUCAUUCUUGCAGAAUGAAAAGACACUCGGGGAGAAGUGAGAUGGACCACAGGAAGAAAAAAAUUAAAGAUGAACACUUUCAUUAAUGGAUCAUCCCCCUGCUCUCUUUGCCUGUUCUCCUUAAGCACCUUGGGUUGGAACUCCCAGCCCCCAACCUUGAAGGGCCAGCUGGAAAGGUACCUCCUUACUGGUUAAUAGUUAACAUGUACUGAACACUUAACCGUAUGACAGACAUUGGCCAAUAGCUUCACAGCCUUAUUCUAUCUGAUUUUCAUGCAGCCAUGUAAAAAGAUAAAGAAAAAUGUCUUAAAAACUGGCAAGAGAAUUCCUCUUAUGAGAGGGACUGUCUUUUGAAAAGCAACUACAUGAGGUGCUUGGUGAGGGUAGCAGAUACAGAAGUCUGCACUCAUCAGGAUCUCACUCUGCCCUCACUCCAACCCCCUUCCACCAGGCUGCCCACACUGGAGAUGGAGAAAUACAAACUCCGUCUCCCAGACUCUUUGCAACAAGGGAUCCCUGGGACCAAGUCUCCACCAAACAGAUGCACCCUAUAAAACGUGGAAGAAGAAAGAGAAUGCCAUGAGGUGGUACCCCUGCCGGGGGAAAUGGUGGCAGAGGACGGUGGUUUCUCUAUAGCUGGCAGAGUCAGUGGUAUUUUCCAUCCCAUGGCACAGCAGCAUGAUCCCAGAGGUGGGGAGGCAGCUGCUCCCUCGGCAGUUCGGUUCUCAGACAUUGCGGGAAUUGUUCCUAGAAAACCAGUCUAGAGUCUGUUCCUCAUCCAUUCCAGUGAACCUCUGAGUCACCUAAUAUUCCUUAAUAAAUCCCAUUCUGUGUCCUCCUAA